CUCUCCCAUUUGAUCUCAGAAUUUCCCAUAACAAUCUCCCAAUAAUGGCAAUCGCUCGGAUUAGGAGUCGCCUCUCCACAGGGGGACCGGCGCAACCUCCAUCUCCGAUGCCCAAUUCCAGGCCUACUCGCAACGACCCUUCUUUCAACAAUUACGUCGACAAAUUGAAGAACAUUCCCGAAUUUGAUACGACUGAUGACUCCAAUCGACCGCCUAUUGCAGAGGUUGAAUACAAGCUGAUCAAAGCUAAGGAUAAGAAUUCGAUCCAGCAGAUGAUGGAGUCCGCCGCUAAGUUUGGGAUGUUUCGUGUCAGUGGCCAUGGGAUAUCGCCUGAGGAGCUGAAUGCGUCGUUCACGGAGGCGGAUUUCAUCUUUGGAUUGCUUGCGGAGAGGUGGAGCCGUGAUGGAGAUCGGGAGGAGUUUGCUUGGUCUCGAUCUGCCAUGGCGGUGGCUGAACGACGGCGUGACGUUAAGAAUGAUGAGAAUUUUCUGAAAUUCAGAUCAAAGAUGGAUAAUGUUGCGAAUAAGCUGGAAGCAAUUGCGAAAGAUAUGGCUCAAGCUAUAGGGACGAAUGGUGGAAAGCAACCACGAAAGAAAAUAAAGGAAAAUGAAACUCGAAUGGUGUUAUUCAAGCAUAAUAACUCGUCUCUUCAACCACACACACCACGUUCAUCUCAAACUCCACGCUCAUUGGAUGGAAAUAGACGGGAUAAUGCCACAUUUGCUCUGAGCAUUCAUAUCCCAACUGAGCAAGGCGAAUUCCGUCUCAUAUCUGAGGAAGGACCGGUGUCAUUCCGUACCAUCCCUAACACAAUUGUCAUCACUGUCGGUGAACAAAUGGAGGAAUGGAGCUAUGGAGAGUUCAGAUCUGCAUUUGGGGAGAUAAACAUAGAACCAGAUAUUCAAGAUGAGAAAGGAGCAUUCUCCAUUGAACUCAAGUGUUCACCUUCAUGCCUAAAUGAUGUGGUUGACAAACAUGACUCAAUCUCCAUAACUGAUCAGAUCAUAUUUGUAGUCAUAGUUGCCAUGGUUUACAAGUUGUUUUCGUACAUGCUUUCUUGAUCAUCAUCAUCUCUAUGGUCAAACUAAGGUCAAUGACUCCUCACUUGUGACUGCAACUUGGUCAACUCCCAAAAGUUUUUGCUUUCCUAUGGAUAUAUAAUUGUAAUAGAUGGUUUCUUAAAGGGUCUUUAUGUAAUUUUCCAAUUUAUGUUAUUUAUUUAUAUG